AGCGAACGUGGCAGCGGGAACGUAAAGGUUCCAGAUAUAAUAAGAGAUGGCAGCGGUCAGGACGAAGUCGAUCCGGCACGCCGGGAAUCUGCUGCGGAGUCGAUCAGAAGGGACGCUGAUAGAUCUGGACGACGGCGUAACCAUCAACAACAACAGCUUACACGGAAGUUACAUGUCUCAGCAGAGCGGCAAACACUCGGAGUGGCCCGGUUCACAGAUGGAACUACAACCGGCCGGACAGAUAACAAACCCCUUCUGGAACCAGCUCUCGAAGUCCAACCCUUUCUUAGACGACAUCGUGUGCAGAGACGCCGUCGAUUCGGGCGCGUCCGUCCUGAAGGAAGGUUCCGGGGGUCUGUUCGGGAGCAACAUUGAAGACUGCGAGAGCACUUCGUCGGACGAGGCCAAUUUCGGAAACCUUCUGGACAACAGGGGCAACAACCUGAACCGGUCCGGGCGCUGGAGGAGCGCCUCGGACAUUCUCGACAGCCUCGCUAAAAAGGGACCCAAGCGAGACAAGGGUUUCAACUCUCAGGGGCCGUUCCUGAAGCCGGACUUCGAGUGGCUGAAGAACGACAUGGAGGCGUAUAAAAUGGCCUGGCUCAGUCACAGACAGCUGACCAGAUCCUGCCUGGACCUCAGUCUGAUCCAACAGAGUCCCGGCUGGGCUCAGACUCAAGCCGCGGACACGCUAAUCGUCCGCAAGAUCGACCACAACGGCGGCUCGGUGCAGUUGCCCGACUCGGACAUCAGCGCCCACGUUCCGCAAGGUCACGUCCCCGCCGGGGAGACGCAGGAAAUCUCGCUCAAAGCUAGCCUGGAUCCCCCGCGCGGGAUCAACACCGACUACACGACGUCCGUCAGCCCUCUGUUGGAACUCUGCCUGACCAACCUCAACACCAUGGACGGCAUCUCGCUCGAUAUCAAGAUGGCGGCUGAAGUUAAGAACGACCCCUUGAGUCAAGUUAUGACGACCUUCAUGGGAUUGGUUUCCAGUAAGAAAGACGGACCUUAUGAAAGGGUGAAGGACUGUUACGUCUAUAGGGACUUGUUACAGAUGAAGAUUCAGGAGCUGAAGCCUCACAUGUACAUCACCGCGGUCGCAGAAGCGACGGUCCUCCAGCCGCCGGUGACCUCCGUGUGGGACUACCUGGAACGACAGAUUACGGUCGCGGUGUACGGCCCCAAACACAUCCACCCGUCUUUUAAAGUCGUCCAAGUCGUCUCCUGCCACAAUAGCGUCCCACCCAGGCUCCCUUUCACUGAUAUCUCCAGAGGGAACAAGAACCUACCCCCGGUUGUGCUCCAGCUUUGGGGUAAACAUCAGUUCAACCCACGUGGUCUGAAGGAUUUGUACAUCGAGACCGCUGUGGUCGACUCGAAGUUUGAAGUCAGCAGUGAGGACCAGAAGAAAGAAGUCAAACAAGAGGAACUCAGAACUGGGAAGGUAAUCCGCCUGCCGCUGGAACUGUCCAAGACCGGCGGCGGAGAGAUGGGUCCGUUUAAGAUGGCCGUCCAGGUGAUGGACUCCAGUUGUCUUCCUUUGGCUAACUUCCACAUCGUCUCUCCUGAAGCUGCUCCGAUCAGGACGGACAAACAUGGACACAGACACCUAGACCGUCACCGAGAAGUACCUCGUACCAUGUCCAUCCCUGAGGAGUCAGUUCCAGAGGUACCCAAGUUUCAAGACCUGCUGGUGAAUAUCCAGUGGUACGGGGUGGCACUGAAGUCCCUUCUGAGACAGCCGAGGGUGGACUAUCUUCUAGAGUACUUCAAAGGAGACACGAUCGCUCUGCUUUCCAGAGAGACCGUCAGAUCUGUGGGGCAGUCGAAAGUAAAGGAGUGGUACAUCGGCUUCCUGAGGGGGGGCGUCGGCCUGGUGCACUGCAAAAACGUCAAGGUCAUCUCAAGAGACCAGGUCAUCGACUUCUCCGGGGUCAGAGUGACAACCCAGAGCCUCCUGGACAACAUGACGCUGCCGUUCAAAAAGCUCACCUACAUGUACUCGGCCAUUCAGACCCUGGUCACCGAGCACAUAACCAACUGGAGGACUUUCGCCGAGGCCCUGGGCUACCCCAACCUCCCGGUGGACACCUUCUCCCGGAGGCACGCCGAGACCGAGGCGGAGAAGGUGGCGUGCGUUCUGGAGAAGCUGAAGGAGGACUGCCACACCGAGAAAACCAAGAGGAAGUUUCAGCAGGAGCUCAUUAACGGGCUUUUUAAGAUGGACGCCCAAGGCCUCAUCGCCCAUUUGAUCCAGAACACGGUGAUUCUGUCCACGGCCGUGGAGCUGGGCGUGAGGUGGAGGGAACUGGCCGACAGGAUCGGGAAACUCUCCGGCACUCAGAUCGCCGGUUACGAGGCGCCACACCGAGGGAGGACCGGAGAGGUCAGCACCCAGUCCAUGUGGAAGCCGGCGUACGACUUCCUCUACGCCUGGAGCGUGCAGUACGGCGACGGCUAUCGGGACAUGAUCCAGGACCUUCACCUGGCUCUGGAUAAGAUGAAGAGUCCGGUGACCAGACAUUGGAGACAGAUCACCGGAGCGCUCAUCACCGUCAACUGCAUGGAGAUCCUCAGGGCGUCGGCCUUCCACUCGACAUGAGGAGCGUUACAUACUGUACUGUACUGUACUGUACAUCGGACGGACAAAUGUAUCGGGACGCCCACGUCUGAUCACUGAAUUCACGUGUAACAGUAAAUCAAUCCAAAGGCUUCUGUGCACAAAGGAAGCUCUGAACGGGCACAAAUUCCCAUACACAGACAUUCUUCAGUACUACAGUCCUGUGAAAGGCUCACCUAGAGGGCGCUCUAUGUUAAUAUCGUAACUAUAAGCGUCUCUCAGACACGAGUGAUUCCUCCUCCUCCACCCUCACCGCUUAUAACCAACGUAUACAAGCGAGGAACGUUUCUAAGAUCCCUCAUAAAACAAGGUGCACCCCAAGGCUGAACUAAAUUGGAUGGGGGGCAUCUGAAAGGGAAGGGAUAGGGGGUUCCUCGGUUCUUAAACGCUACUGCCAUAUAAACAACUGAUGGAACACUGAUGGAUUAUAGCAGUAUGCAAAGCUACUGAGUGUAACAUGUUUAUUUAUCAUUGUUACAUCAGUAGAUUUGGGGGGGGGGGGGGGGGGCUGAGCGUACCUAAAUAUUGUCGAAUAUUAUGGACAUGCCCCCCAACCUCCCCACCCCAAAAUAUACAGUGUAUUGUGGUUACGACCCCGGUGCGUCCCAGUGUUUGACUCCCUGUUUUAUGUGCAUUUCAAUUUGUCGUCAUGUUGAACUCGCAGUUUCUGAAGUCUGUUAGCUUUUAUUUUUAUUAAACAUUCACACUACGAGUUAAAAAAGUGACACUUCUGUAUUUUGUGCUCGUAAGUUUGCCGAAUGUGGGUCAAUUUUACGAAAUUAUUUCACCGUUUCGGCUCCAGAUCACAAUGAACAAUCAGUUCAAACCGACGAGGUGUUCUAGGACUUUGACUGCUCGACUGGUGGGUCUGAGGUUCCUCUUGGCUGAACACAAGUUCUGGAACCGGUUCUCGGUUUGGCCACUUUGGUUUUGUCUUUCAUAGCUUAGAUUUUUAUGGAUCUCACACAGCAACAAAUUUCCAUUUACGUUUUUCAUUUAUCCGUUCAUUCUCACUUUAGUGUUUCCAAUUAGUCUUCCACUGUUGGGGAUCCCAGUUGCGUUCGAGGAGGGUAUAUUCACCUGCACCUUGCCUCCUCGGACAUGUGUGCAGUCCCUCAACCCCUUCUUGGAUUUCUCCUCCACUUCUGCUCAGGCGCAUCGGUCCGCUAAUCAGGGUCCUUGCACAGUGUUCGAAGACCCCGCCCACUUAGCCCGGUCUUUUUCUCACCCGGCAGACUCGGUGGCCAAUUUCUCAGAAUCUUAGCGCUGGUGUGUUAGGGGAAUUUCCCUCAAUGUCCUCGGUUCUAAUACCCAGUUUAUCUCGUGGUACGAUACUGUCAUCUGCUGCUGAUAAGCGGAAAAACAUGUGGUUGUCAUGGUGACCAAUAUUUUAAUUUAGUAAAACGAUCUCGUCGUGUCCAACGGUGAAGGAAUUGGGAAAAUUUAUCAACAUUUGCCAAAGUUACGGGCAGCAGUACAGUUCUAGUCCUAUCACUUGGUACGUUAGUGCACUACUGCUGAGAUCUGGGGUUCGAAUCUCAGCAGUGCUGUCGACCGGUCGGGCGUCUGCAUGGAAACAGACCAGUCAUUGGGAGGUGCGCUUGUCAGUGCGCCUUUCAGUGCAGGUCCCAAGCCGGGAUAGAAAUAGGAGGGUUGUGUCAGGAAGGGCAUAAACUGUGCCAAGGUUUAGAAGGAUCUGCAGUGGCGCCCCCUACAUACCGGAGUCUUAAGUCUGAAAUCCGUCUUCUGAUGAUCUGUGAAGUUUUAUUUAUAUGGUGUGAGGAAGACGUCGUCAGGUUUGGAUUUGGAGCUUCAGAAGCUGAGCUCCUGGACGUUUAUCAGAGUCGUCUGUGUAUUAUAAAGCUUUGUGUUGUGUUAUAUAUAAAUAAAUAUACAUAUAAAUGUAUAUGAAUGAUUUUAUUGGUGCACUUAGGAUGAUUUGUUACUGCAGCAGAGGUUCAGAAGAGCAGAAUUAAACUUGUAUGAACUGUUUGAAGAAUAAAUGUUUCAUAACUUUA